AAAAAAUAUUUAUAAAAAUAAUCACUGUGCCAUCGGAGUGCACAGGAUAUCUAAUUUGUUAAAUAAUAAAUAAAUAAUUUAUCAAAAAUGAUUAUUUCACGAGGUGUCAGGUUAUUAAAAAAUUUGUCGACUGUUUCUAGACAACGAGUCGCGACAAAUAAAAUCCAAGUUCGCAACUCCGGUCAUGAGGUGUUUUAUCGUUAUAUACCAGAUCCAUCAAGGGCCGAAAUCAUAUGUGCAGAACUAGUAGGAGGGAUAAUGUGGUGGUGGGUCUUGUGGCACUUGUGGCACGACUGGGGACACAUCGUCGGUGAGUUUCCUUAUCCGGAGCCAUCUGAAUGGACUGACCAAGAACUGGGAAUUCCACCGGAUGAUUACGAUUAAAAAAUUAUCGUUUUGUUAUUUAUAAUAAUAAUAAUUUAAUAGAUUGCUGUAUUUAGAAGAUAUUAAAUAUGUACUGUAAGAAUAAUAACAUCAAUAAUAAUAAUGAUAAUAUUUAAUAAUAA